UGCGUCCGCCGGCUGCGAGAAGAGACGUCCUACGUUGUAGGGCCGCCGCGUCGCCUCCGCGACUACACAGUGCUUACUGCUGCCGUUCCCUUAGUUCCGGGGCUUCGAAGCAUCUCCUGAGUCUUCCCGCCGCUUACGUUGGGUGGGCAGUGCGAGGGACGCCCCGCGGCGCGCCUACCCGGCGGGCAGAGCCCUUGCAGGUGUCGCCGGGGGUGGGGGAACUCCGGGCACCACUCCCACGGCUGCUCCGGCGGACGCGAGGACCGGGCCGCCGCCCGUGGCCCCAGAGGACGGCGUCAUGCGGAGCCUGCCGUACUUCUGCCGGGGCCAGGUGGUGCGGGGCUUCGGCCGCGGCUCCAAGCAGCUCGGCAUCCCCACAGCUAAUUUUCCUGAACAAGUAGUAGACAGUCUUCCAGCGGAUGUUUCCACUGGCAUUUAUUAUGGUUGGGCCAGUGUCGGAAGUGGAGACGUCCAUAAGAUGGUGGUAAGCAUAGGAUGGAACCCAUACUACAAGAAUAUGAAAAAGUCCAUGGAAACUCAUAUCAUGCAUACCUUCAAAGAGGACUUCUAUGGAGAAAUUCUCAAUGUAGCCAUUGUUGGCUACCUCAGGCCUGAAAAGAACUUUGAUUCUUUAGAGUCCCUUAUUUCAGCAAUUCAUGGUGAUAUUGAAGAAGCUAAAAAGCGACUAGAUUUACCAGAACAUUUGAAACUCAGAGAUGACAAUUUCUUCCAGGUUUCUAAGGGCAAAAUUAUGAAUGGCCACUGAUGAAAAAUGACCUUACUGUGCAUUCACUGUUUUGUAGUAUUUCACUGUUCAUAACUAUGUUGUGUCAUCUUGGUUGUAUUUAAAAGUCAAACCUUUUCUUACAGCUGUGAAUUAGUGUAAACAAUACAAUGUAGUUACCUUAUUAUGCUUCAGCUGUUAAACGUUAACCCAUCAUGCCAUAGUACUAAAAAGAUUCAAUUAAAAAUCAAGAUUCUUUUUCAUGUAAUAUGUUGAUUAAAAUGAACCACUAGAAAGAUACUGUCUUACAGUGGAACUGGAAUGUACGUAAGUGGGUAGAAAAGCAAGUCAUUAAUUUCAGAUGAGAAUUCUAAUUGUCACUGUAAAAGGCCAGCAUGUAUAGCUCAUGCUGUUAAACAGAGAGGGCCUUAAAAGUAAAUGCAUUAAACAUAAGUGUGAUCAUUUAUUUUGUACCUAAGGAGGAAAAUAUAGGCUGUAUUUUUGAUAUUUUGUGCAUUAAUAGAUUAUUACACACCUGAAGACUUGUGAAUUUUGUUUUACUCAUUUCCCUUAUGACAUCAACUCAUUGUACUGCCUCCAUGCUCCUGUAAGAGCUGUCUCAAUUCUAAUUGGCCUAGAUUCCCUUUGCCUAUCUUUUUUUCAUAAAAGGAAAUUGAGCGUCUUUUGAUUCUGUACAUCUUGUUUUUUGUGUUGCAUAGUAUUUUUUUUUUUUUUUUUUUUUGGUACUGGGGACUGAACCCAGGGCCUCUGCCAUUUGAACUAUACCCCCAGCACUCACUCUUCUUCUGUAAGAGAAGGUGUUUUGUUCUUCAACAUUUUACUUGACUUUGGUUCUUUUUUUCCUUUAAAUGAUUUUCAGUGUCAGUUUUUCUCAUUUGGAAUGCCUUACAGCUGCACACAUAAGAGAUUGGAUUUGUCAGUACCGUUCCAUUCCUUCACUACAUGAACAGUGAUUAAGCACUGACCUGCCUUGCAGUUUUAGGAAAAACAAAACAACAAACUUCAUCUUUAGGCUUAUUCUGGUUUAAAGGAACACUAGCUGUUCAUUUGUAUGUACCAGUUUCUUAAAGUACACAAAAUGCUUGGUUUUCCCCCUGAGAAAAUUACUUAAUAGCCAUGAAAUAGUUUUUUUCUUUUUCCACAGAAAAUUGUGCUUUUUGGUUUAACACAUUAGUUGCCCAAGUCAGACAUACCAAGAUGCACACUAAAUCUGUUUUUGUUCCCUAUCAUUCACUCAUCUGAAAGAUUAUUUUAAUGUGCUUACAUACUCCAGAGCAAAUCCAAGCUGCUGUGGCUGUGUCCACACAAUGUAACAGUGGUCUGAAGAGCACUUGUAGCAGGAGGGAAACCUAUAAAAAAAGUUCAUUCGCCUUCAUACUUGACAUUAUUCCUCCUAACUUCUGGCCACUUGAGUCCUUUUGUUUAUGUUGACAGAAAUGUGA